AUGGAGUGGACCAAACAACAAGACAUUCUCAGAGAUCUUUGUUCAGGGCACUGCAGUUACAUUCAAUUUGCACCUUGUGCACCAAGCUACUUGUAUGCAAAGUAUUUUGCAUCAACCUUAUGGGAAAUAGUAUGCAAGGAGGAUCCAUUGUCAUUAGAGACUAGUACUGUUAUUAGAAAAAAGUUACUGCAACAUGGUGGAGCUAGAGAUCCUACACAGUUACUUAAUGAUCUUGUUGGUGAUGGGAUUACAAGGAGCUACCAAAAUCAAGGACAUGGAGGAGGGUCUGAACCAACACAUAUGUUAUUGUUGUUGUUGUAUCUGAUUCUUUUUGAUUCAUUGUCUACAAGACACUUCAAGGAGAUGGAAGCACAUACUAUUGUUAUACUUGAGGUUGAACCUUACACUCACACUCAUAGACCUUAUCAACAACAAUCUUCAAUCCUUCAAUGUGAACGUGAUGCUUAUGAUUCUCUCCUCCUAAUCCCAAGAGAAAAGGAAGCUACCAUGGAAGAAGAAAGGCGAAAGGAAGAGGAGGCACGGAUUAAGUUAGAAGAAGAGUAUGAGAAUCACACAAGUGUCAUCGCCUCUACUCUCUGCAAGUCGAUCACCACCUCCAGUCGACUUCCACCCACUGCAUCAGAAGAAGGAAUAGGUUAUGCCUUAGCUAAAGAGUUUCUGAAAGCAGGUGACAAUGUCUUAAUAUGCUCAAGGUCUAGGCGAGAUCGUCCUUUCUUGCCUCUCAGCAGCUAUGAGAAAAGCUUUCAUCUUGGCUCACGUGAAGUUAUAGUCAUGGAUAGGGAAAAGGAUGAAGAGUUGGAUGUUGUAACACUUUGUGCUCAAUCAUUGUUGUAUCAUUUAAAUCAGAUAUCAUAUACGGUACACCAAGCUGCUGCAACAGCCUAUGGUGCCUUGUGUGCAGUCUUAUGUUCACUCCCUAUUGGGUCAAAUGGAAGACAAAACCAUGUAAUUCUUGGAAAUUUAGUUGAUAGAUUUAUUGGAUGGGCAUUGCCAUUGUUUAGCAAUAUUAAUGUUGGUGAUGGGACAGAACUUGCAGCAGAAGGUCUUCAUGAAUUCCUCAAUGUUGCAGAAGGUCUUAAUGCUGGUGAUGGGACAGCUACUAAGCUCUCUUCACGACUUUGUCCCACUAUGUGA